UCUCCUCUCUCCUUUCUCUCUACUCUCUCUCUCUCUCUCUCUCUAUCUUCUCUCUACCCUCUCGCUUCUUCUCUAUCUGGAACUAGAAGGAAGAGCCUCCAUCGCAAUCUCCACUGGUCAAGCUCACUCCCCCUGCCGGAAGCGCCUCCUCCAGCGGCGGAACUCCCUCCGAGCGCGCGGUUUCGCAGCUCGCCUCUGCUCUGACUUCGUGCUCUGAGCUUCGGGAUUGCGGAUCGCCUUCCGUUCUUCGUUUCUCUUCGUCCACUGCGCUGACGUCGGUUCUCUUCCGCCGCUGCUGAAUCGACCUCCGGAAUGGAGGUGCUGGUUCGCUAGGGAACCGGAAGGAGACAGUACUUCUAGGGGACGUCAUGCAUGAGUUAUAUGGUCAAUCGAGCUAUCAGGCGUUUCUAGUUGCUGUUGAUUUUGAGUCCGGUUGAUGGGGGCUCUACCAGUGGCCAUUGAUAGUGGCAAUGAUAGGGCGUCUGUUGAACAAAGCAUUCAUAUGCACAAUGAGCAGAAUGGAGGAACCAAUGGAAUUCUGCAUGGGGAGCAAUGUCAGAAUUCAUCCGAGGAAGACAAUUCUAGGUCUAAUGACAUAGCAGAGUAUGGUAAUGGUUGUCCUAGUCUGGAUAUUCAGGCACAUGAUGGUUUUCAAAUACAGCCACAACAGCCCCAAGGGUCACAACAGUCUCAUGGGCCUGCGGUACUAUGGGAUAGGUUCCUCCCCAUCAAGACAGUUAAGGUUCUUCUUGUUGAAAAUGAUGAUUCAACACGGCAAGUUGUUAAUGCGCUGUUACGGAAUUGUGGAUAUGAAGUUACUGCUGUUGCAAGUGGUAUUCAGGCAUGGAAAACCCUAGAAGAUCCAAGAGAUCAGAUUGACCUUGUCUUGACAGAAGUAGUCAUGCCCUUGCUAUCGGGAAUAGGUCUUCUUAGCAAGAUAAUGAGCCACAAGACCUUGAAGAAUAUUCCAGUAAUAAUGAUGUCUUCUCAUGAUUCUAUGGGCAUAGUAUUUAGAUGUCUGUCAAAGGGUGCAGUUGACUUUUUGGUGAAACCUAUCCGAAAGAAUGAACUUAAGAACCUAUGGCAGCAUGUGUGGAGGAGAUGCCACAGUUCUAGUGGCAGUGGAAGUGAGAGCGGGACACACACCAAAAAGUCCAAGGAAAUGGGAAGCUAUGAUGAUUCUGAGACCAAUAAUGGUAGUAGUGAAGAGCAGGAUAAUGGAAGUAACGGUUUGAGCAUGCGGAAUGGAAGUGAUAAUGGAAGUGGCACUCAGAGUUCAUGGACAAAAAAGACUGCUGAAGUUGAUAGCCCUAAGCCAGUAUCACCUUCCGACAAAUGGGCAGAUGCUCCUGAUAGCACUUGUGCUCUGGUGGUUUAUGCUGGGGCAGAAACACUCAAAAUGGACGAAGAAGAACCAGGCACUGCUGGAAUGGGCAAGGAUGCAAAAAAAGCCUCUAGAUGUCAAGAUUCUAAGCAUGGAUAUCAGCAUGAGAGAUGUCAAGAUUCUAAGCAUGCAUAUCAGCAUGAUAGAUCCGAGAAUGCAUCCUCUGUUAUAGAACCUAAAACAUUUGAUAUAGGACAACUGGGGCUCGAGCUUGAUUUAGGUGGCAAAUCUAGAAAUAAAGUACCCAAUAUGGCAUGUAAAAGGGCCAAUUGCCAAGAGGCACAGACUGAAAGUACAGUCUUUGACACCAGAGAUGGUACUUCCAGGAACUCACAUACAAAAGCAAAAGCUGACUGUGAUUCUAAAGAACUUCCAUUGCUUGAACUAACGCUUAAAAGGCUGGAAGGAGUGGGUGAGUCUGGAAGAAGUACCCUCGGUGAUCACAAAGUUUUGAGGCAUUCUGACCUUUCAGCAUUCUCCAAGUUCAAUGCAAGCUCUUCGGUGAAUCAGGGUCGGGCAGGAACUACUGGAAGCUGUCCUGCAUUUGAUAAUUGUUCGGUUGCAGUGAGAUUGGAGAGAGAUUUUCCUUCUUGUUCACUUGGUACUCCUCCAUAUCAUCAGUCUAACAUGAGUGGUGGCAACAAUGAAUUUGUUUUGGGUAGUAAAACUCCUACAAAGCCAGAAGGAGUAUCAACUUUUAAAUCUUCAGAGUCUUCCGCCUUUCAACCAGUACAGCAUGGUUACACGUCUUCAUCCUGGCAAGAGCUGUCUGGAAGGGCAAAUGAUGCUUGUUCUAACACAGUCCAACCCCCAACAACCAGUCCACGUCAGCACAUUCAUAUCCGGCACCACCAUCACCACCACCAUCACCACUAUCAUCAUCAUCUCGACAGCUUGCAGCAGCAGCAGCAGCAGCAGCAGCAGCAGCAGCAACAACAACAACAACCUGACCACAAGGAUCUUUCACUGAAGAACAUGGUAGCAGCUGCUCCACAAUGUGGAUCAUCAAAUGCAUUCCAAGACCAUUUAGAAGGUAAUGCUGGGAACUACAGUGUCAGUGGGAGCGUCUCUGGGAGUAAUCAUGGGAGCAAUGGGAAUACCGGGAGUAAAAGUGUGCCAAAUGGUGGAGAGAAUGAUAAGGUAAAGGAUGAUGGAGUUGCUGGACAUACUGGAGAUGGUGGUGUUACUGAGAAAAUUAAUGGUGGUGGAACAGAUGAAGAGCGAAUUGCACUGAGGGAGGCAGCCUUGUCCAAAUUUCGACAGAAGAGGAAGGAAAGAUGCUUUGAGAAGAGGGUUCGUUAUGAAAGCAGAAAAAAACUAGCAGAGCAGCGACCUCGGGUGCGAGGACAGUUUGUUCGGCAGAUAACGUCUGACAGCAAAAUGGGUGACGACUGCCAGAGCAACGACUCGAUCUCAAAGGACAAUUCAUGCGACAGUGUUCAAUGACAGGAGGAAUGCACGUUCAUGGUCGAUCAUUGUUGUUCAGAGUGCAAAGUUGUGUAUGAGCACGAGCCUUUACACCGGCCUUGUCUUUUACCAAGAGAUGUGUCGGCCUUGUCAUGGAAAUUAACCUGCUCUAUUGGUCUUCCAAGGUUUGUUAUGAAAAUUCAAAGAUAGCACCUGGACUUCAUACAUAUCUUGUAUCUGGGGAAGAUGACGAACAGAUAGAAUUAUGGAUUCCAUAAAACUUUGCAUUGUUAAUGUGUUCCUUUUGGUUCCUCAUCUAGUGAGAUUGACACACAACAGCUCCAGUCGUAUAUAAGUCUGAUACAAGUUGAUUGAAAGUGAACGCCCAUGACCCGUGCCAUUUGCGGCCUC